UCGUUUCACGGAAGAGGCUCGCUCCACCCUCUGAUAAACACCCUCUGUGUAUAUAAAUGAAGCCAGAGAGGUGUUUAUCUCCUCACACACAGACGAUCUGCCGGCUGGAAGUCACAGCCAGUGGGUUUAGAAGAACCAGGUUACCCCCCCGGGCUGUCUAAUGCUCCUCUACCCCGGCAGACUGCGCUGCUCCUCGCAUUAGCUGCUACAGGAGAGUCGCUGGUCGUCUUCGCUGCGUUUUGCACUUUGGGAUUUACAGACAAACGCCGCCGUUGUUAGAACAAAACGGAUGUCAGUGUGGUGGUCAGAGAUGGGAGAGGGUUUGGGGCCUCUCUCCCCUGUAGGAUGGUAGCCGACAGCACAGUGGAAGGCCAUGACAAGACCCACUCUUCAAGCUCAUCGUCCUCGUCCUCGUCCUCGUCAUCAUCCUUCUCCUCAUCCUCGUCCUUGUCUUCAUCAUCUUCUCUGUCCUCCUCGUCAUCGCUUCGUCCAGAGUCGGAGCAGCUUCAGGGUCAAGCCGGUCCGAGCCCGAACCCGAGAACAGUCCCGUCUGUGUAUCUGACUCACUUCCGGACUUUCUCCAGCAAGGAGGACUGUAAGAUCAUCACCGACACGGCGGCGAAGCUCGAGCGCUGCGGCUUCUACUGGGGUCCUCUGGGAGUGGAGGACGCCCACCGCAUGCUGAGGGACGCUCCUCUGGGCAGCUUCCUCAUCCGCGACAGCCGGCAGAAGGACGUCUUCUUCACGCUGUCCUACCACGCCAAGAGCGGGCCGGUCAGCGUGCGCAUCGAGUACAAGCGGCAAAAGUUCUCACUGGCGGGCAACGAGCGCUCCUUCCCGACGCUCUUUGCCCUCUUGGAGCAUUACAGCAACUCUCCCAAGAAGAGCCUGAGCGUCCCGUACAGGAAAUGGGAGCCGACGCUGCAGGAGAUGUGCAGGAAGCGCAUCAUGGAGCUGUGUGGAGGAGCGGGCCGGGUUUCAGAGCUGCCACUCACACACGUGGUCCGAGGUUUCCUGAUGGAAUUCCCUUACAAACUGUGACCAUCUUGCCUUAUAAAGUCCUGACAGUAUUGUUUUUAAUCACAGGAAGGCAGCUUUUACCAAGUAACUGUGAACUGGAGGGGUUGGUGAAGCCUAUCCAUCAUGUUUGGGAGUCUGCGUCGCCAUGGUUACAGAUAAAAUCAACCUUUGAGCUGGAACAGUUUCUGAAGAGACAUUAUCACCACAGUUGUACACCAGCAGUCUCCAGCUGGACAGGGUUCUUGGAUGAUAUUUCAACAUACAUUACCUCUAGAGACUCAGCCCCCACUUGCACAUGGACAGAGGAAGUCUUGAGGAAAUACAAGAAGUUGGCUGCAUUAAGAGUGAACUACAGACACAAUAGAGCUUUUAUAGAAAUAAAAGAACUGAUGGGGUCAACUGAGACGGUUCCUCAGGAAACUGUUGGGCCCGUAGGAUGGACUUUUAGAUACAUGGAGUCUUGGUGGAGAGUACGGCACAAACCACCACAGACCGGGGAGAUUUAUUUUUGUAGCAAAAUUGAAAUACUCUAAUAUUGUUGAAUGUUUACAUCACACAUGAAUGUCUGUCCGCACUGAAAGGCUCUAACAUGUCACGAGCUGUGAAGUCUGAUAUCUAAUUGUACUGUAUUUAGAGGUAUCACACCUCUUGUUCAACUGUCUCUGCCAGGCAGACAACAUGUGAUAUCUGAUUCAGUUUGUCAUGACUGAAUUACACGUCAAUAUAUUUUUAAAAUUUUUUUUGCCUAUUAUAUUUUAAAUAAAAAUGUAUUUAAACUUA